AUGAAGCAGUCGAAGCAGAACGACCAGCGAAAGGCAGCUGAGUCAUCUCGCUCCAGCUGGAGACAAGCUUCCCUUCUCUUGCUCCCCCAGACCAUGCCUUUCCACAGGCAUCACCAUCGCGUUUCCUCCUUUGAUCCUCAGAAUGCUUCUCUAGACAGCGCUGGUGGAGCUGUUCUUGGCGUCACUCAGGCUGCGCAGACCCUUGGCGCCGUUGGAUCGCCAUCCAGCUCUUUGCGCAUGGGCAACUUUGGCACCACGUCCGCCGACACCACCGAUGGAAUCUUCCUGCCCACUACAAGGGACGGUCCAGGAGGAGCUUACAAUCAGGCUGCUGCGUAUCGAAGAAAAUCUGAAUUAAUCGAAAUGUCCUCCUCGCAGACGUUCGAAUCCUCCCGCAAGGCCGCAGCCUUCGGGCGUCAGCCAGAGGAGCUUCACAUCCCCCCAGCAAACCCCACGACGUCAAAUAUAUCACUCCAGCAGUCCUCGCGCGAUUACCCUGCACAUUCCGAUAUAGGGACUGCCAACGUCCCUUCGAUCAGUGUCCAUCCGUCAAGCGCCCAGACCGGUCAGUAUUCAAGCAGCGGUAACAGCAGUGCCGCUCUCCCUGGAGCGCUUCAGCCGGGCAAUGCCAGUCGUCCGCCAGUCGUCUCUAUGAACACGGCACCGUCAAUACUCCCUACCCUUCCUCAGAUUUCGUUACAAUCGCAACAACAGACUACGGUCUCUCGCCCCCCGAAUUUGCACGGACACUCAAGGUCAAGCCCUGCGGGGUUCGAACAGUCCAAGUACCAGCAACAGGGAACAACUGAGAGUCGCAAAUAUGCAUCAUCACCGGGCGGUAAUAUUCAGGCUUAUCCCCAAGGCUCGAAAUACUCUCCCCUUGGAUUAGCGGACAUACGGCCGCCUGGGGAGCUGCUUCCCGAUGCGGCUGCGCUCAGUCCUGCAUUUCGAGCGUUCAACGAAGAAGCGCAGGCUCCCACGAACAGCAACUACGUGGCCCCUUGGCCUAUAUAUGCAGUAGAUUGGUGUAAAUGGCCAAUCCCGGGAGGCACAGGUUCUUUCUGCGGGAAGGUUGCCAUCGGAAGCUAUUUGGAAGACAACCACAACUAUAUUCAAAUUAUUGAUACUCACUGGACCCAACCGGACCCAGAUACCCCGGAUGCGGUAGCUGGUGAGCUCGAAUUGGAAUACGUCAAGACUGCUGAAGCCACGCAUUCAUAUCCUGUCACUCGAAUACUAUGGGAGCCUCCAUCCUCCCAAAAGCAGUCGACAGAUUUAUUGGCUACAUCAGGCGAUCACUUGCGCCUUUGGUCGUUACCGACGACCCAGACCUUGCACAAUUCCAACUCCAUUACGCGCCCGUCGGGCCAGAGAGAGCAACCGGCAGCCAAGCUCUCCCCAUUGGCCUUACUUUCCAAUUCCAAAUCACCCGAGCACACAGCUCCGAUCACCUCACUUGAUUGGAAUAUGAUCUCUCCCAGUCUGAUCAUCACCUCUAGUAUAGACACGACUUGUACAAUUUGGGACAUCCCAACUCUAACGGCCAAGACGCAAUUGAUUGCUCAUGAUAAGGAAGUCUACGAUGUGCGUUUCUGCGCAAACAGUGUCGAUGUGUUCGUCAGUUGCGGUGCGGAUGGCAGCGUGCGCAUGUUUGACCUCCGGAGCCUUGAGCACAGUACGAUUAUUUACGAGCCGUCGGAGAAAAAUGAUAAACUUAUGAGCCCUGGGAAUUCCAGCCCGUCAACAUCUCAACAGUCAUCUACUUGGCCACCGCCGUUACUGAGAAUUGCAGCAUCCCCUCACGACUCUCACCUUCUUGCAACUUUCUGUCAGGAUUCUAAUAUUGUCCGCGUGCUGGAUGUGCGACAGCCAGGUCAAGCGUUGUUAGAGCUGAAGGGACAUGGGUCAUCCAUCAAUUCUGUCGAAUGGUGCCCAAACCGACGCGGGGUUCUUGCGUCGGGGGCAGACGACUGUCUUGUUCUUCUAUGGGAUCUGAUCAACCAGCACAAUGCAGCACCCCUUACGGCGACACCACAUAUACAUAACCCUGGCAUUACAACAACGACAUCAGAGCGCGGCCCCGCAGCAGCGUGGCAAUGUGGUUAUGAGGUGUCGAACAUCAGCUGGUCUCCACAAGGCGGGACCAAUACCUCUGGACACCCGCGGGAUUGGCUUGGGGUAUGCGGUGGCCGAGGAUUCUGGGGAGUUGCACUCUGAGAAACGUUUAGGAUGCUUUAAACUGUUAACAUUUUUUGCUUUUGUUGUUGUUUUCUUUAUAUUGCUUCUUCUCUUUUUUGUUUUCUUUAUCACUGUCCUUUGCGCUUGGCCACGGUACUAUUUCCACAGACCAACGAAAAGAGGCGGCUGAAUUUCAUUGGAAAAUGAGCGAUUGCAUGAGUUAUGAAUGAUUUGGAUGAUGAGAACGAGCUGGUUUUUUUUGCCCCCCUAAUUCUCGUUCCCAUCAUAGGCCUACGUAUGCCACUAUACAGACUUUUUAUUCUACCAUCACGGAGACGUUCCCCUUCUGUAUGUCACCACCUUCAUGAGGGUACUCAGGGUGAUUAUUAGUGAGUAUUUCACAUUGAUGGGGGUUAAACUCGCCGAGUUGGUUGUCCUAGCUAGGGAGGAGUCGGGCAAACUAGUUAACUAACUCUUAAAUGAAGUAGUUAUGUCGUG